AUGUCUCACCCACAGGACCAGCUGCACACCUCAUCCCUCAAGGACCCAGAGUCCUUCUGGGCCGAGCAAGCCAACCACCUCCACUGGCACAAGAAGCCCUCCACCGUCCUGCGCAGGUACACCAAGACCCUGCCCAAGUCGCACAAGACCCACGACCACUGGGAGUGGUUCCCGGACGGCGAGAUCUCGACGUGCUACAACUGCGUCGACCGCCACGUGGAGGCGGGCAACGGCGGCAGCCCGGCCAUCCUGUACGACAGCCCCGUGACGGGCACCAAGCAGCGCAUCACCUACGCGGAGCUGCUGGAUGAUGUCCAGGCCCUGGCGGCGGUGCUGCGUGCCGAGGGCGUCGGCAAACGCGACAAAGUACUCUUUUAUAUGCCCAUGAUCCCCGCCGCGCUGAUCGGCUUGCUUGCUGUGUCGCGGCUGGGUGCCAUCCAUGCUGUUGUGUUUGGGGGCUUUGCGCCCAACGCGCUGGCGCAGCGUAUCGAUGCUUCGCGACCCAAGGCUAUUCUUACUGCGUCUUGUGGGAUUGAUGGGAAUAAGCCGCCGAUCCCCUACCGGGAUUAUAUCGAGGAGGCGGAGAGGCUUGCGUCGUGGAAGACGCCCAGGACGAUUGUGUGGCAGCGCGAGCAGCUGGCCUGGCACCCUCUUGAUAGGGCGAGGGGCGAAAUGAACUGGAAUCGCCUUGUGAGGAGCGCGAAGUUGAGGGGUCAGAGGGUCAAGGAGUGUGUCCCUGUGAAGGGGACUGAUGGGGUGUAUGUGAUUUAUACCAGUGGCACGACUGGGCUGCCCAAGGGAGUGGUUCGGGAUGCUGCGGGCCAUGCGGUCGGAUUGAGUCUGUCAAUGAGGCAGAUGUUUGGCAUCCAGGGGCCUGGUGAUGUCAUGGCCGGCUUCAGUGACAUCGGCUGGGUCGUUGCUCACUCCUAUACGUUGUACGGCCCUCUCAUCGUCGGUGCCGGCACCGUCUUGUACGAGGGCAAGCCAGUCGGCACGCCUGACCCCAGUUCGUUCUGGCGGAUGAUCGAGGAGUAUAAUGUAAACGCCCUAUUCACUGCACCCACUGCGCUCAGGGCCAUUCGCAAGGAUGAUCCGGAGAACAAGCAUAUCAGCAAGAUUGGUGAGAGAGGCGGGUUGAGAUCGCUCAGAGCAAUGUUCCUUGCAGGCGAGCGGUCUGAGCCGGCCAUCAUCACCAUGUACCAGGACCUGCUCGGUAAGUACGGUGACGACAAAAUCGGCGGAGGCAAGGUCAUCGAUAACUGGUGGUCUUCCGAGUCUGGCUCGCCCAUGACAGGAGUGUCGAUGACACCACAUGUUGUGAAUAACCUUCAAGCGAAACCACCACUGUCUAUCAAACCUGGCAGUGCUGGAAAGCCAAUGCCGGGAUUUGACAUACGGGUUGUGGACGAUGAGGGCAAUGAGCUGGGGAAGGGGAAGAUGGGAAACAUAGUGCUUAAGACGCCUCUGGCCCCGACUGCUUUUCGGACGUUGUGGGAGGAUGAGGAGAGGUUUUACGGAGGGUACCUGAAGAGGUUUGAUGGCAAGUGGUUGGAUACUGGUGAUGCUGGUAUCGUAGACAAAGAUGGGUACGUCCAUAUCAUGGCCAGGUCAGACGACAUUAUCAACGUAGCUGCCCACCGUUUAAGCACAGGCACACUCGAGCAGGCAAUCACCUCCCACCCCCAAGUGACCGAGGCGUGCGUAGUCGGUAUCCCCGACUCCAUGAAAGGCCACCUCCCCUUCGCCUUCGUCCUCAGCUCUUCCACCAGCACACUUGACGACACACAACUCCUCUCCGAGAUCCAGAAGCUCGUCCGCACCCAAGUCGGUCCAAUCGCGUCACUUGGUGGCAUGAUCAGGACCACUACGACCGCAAAACCCAUCAUCCCCAAGACAAGGUCAGGCAAGACCCUACGGAGGGUACUGCGCGAGCUGCUCGAGAACGCCGUCCACGGCGACUUUGACAAGAACGUCAGCGUGCCCAGUACGGUCGAGGACGCUGGUGUUGUUGACACUGCCAAGGGCGCUAUCAGGCAGUACUUUGAGAAGAAAGGCGAUACGCAUCGCGCUAUUGAGGGGAGGCCGAAGCUUUAA